ACUGCCGAUCAAACCUCUCUGCAGAUGACUGCACGCAGCAGAGGUGUGUAUAGCAUCUGUCGGACGGGAGGACUGAAUUUCUAUUGUCAAGAGACUACAGCACCUGUUGACAGUCUGACGCUACUUUCGGCUGAAGGAUUGCCCAGUCCUGAUUUCUCCACUGUCACCCACAGGAAGCUCCGUAUUUCAGUCAUCAUUCUGUCAUUAAUCAGUUGGAAGAAGAGACAGACCGGGACUCCCUCUGGAAGAACAUAAAAUCUGUGAAGUUUGAACAAGCGGCCUUCCCAAGAUGUACCAAAUCUCUCCACUGAUGUCGACGCCAAUAGCAAAUUCCUCCAGGGCAGACAGAGAACUGGCUGGGAAACUGUCUCCCACAAGCAUUUUCCCAAGCCUUGAGUGUGACUUCCUGGAUGGUGACAGCUCCUUUGAAUGCUGCUCCAUAGACCCACUGACAGGAUCCCACUACAUCUGCCGUCGAAGCCCCAGACUCCUUACCAAUGGCUACUACAUUUGGACAGAGGACAGUUUCCUCUGUGACAGAGAUGGCCACAUCACUCUGAAUCCCUCCCAGACCAGUGUAAUGUACAAGGAGAACUUAGUCAGAAUAUUUAGAAGGAAGAAGAGAAUUCGCCGUUCCCUUUCUUCUCUCUUCGACCUCAGAACCUCUAAAUCCUGGCUGCAUGGUGGUAUCUUUGGAGGCGCAGACUCAUCCCCAAGUGAGGACAGCUGGUUGGAGGGUGUCAAGAGGCUGGAUACAUACAACUGCAACGAAAUCCACGGUGAUCUAGACUACUCUCUGAGCGAUGACUGGGAGUCACAGAAGCCAAUCACAGAUGCUUCAGAAGCUUUUUCUGGCCACAUCCUGUCACGACCCUCCAGUUUGAGUUCCCAGCACUCUUCUCUUCCAUCCCCGAUUAAAGCACAUGAAAAUUUACAGCAGGAGCUUUUGGUUCAUUCAAAACCCAGUGUGCUGUAUGGGGUUUCCUUGCAGGUGACCCUGCUUGCAGUGUGCCUAAUCAUUUCUGCAUGUGCAAGGUGGCUCAUGGGAGGAGAAUUAGCCAAGGUCUUCACGUGUGCACUGGUGGUGACUAUUGCUUGCAUUGUGAAAUCACUGUUUCUCAGCCUUGCCAGUUAUUUCAAAGCUGCCACCUGUGCUGGACUUGACAGCCCUCGAGGAAUGCCUCUGCUGAAUGCCUGUGAUUCAAUCUGAGUCUUUGGAAGCUGUCUGAUUUGCAAUCUACUUGGAAUCAACUGCUUUAUUGGAAGGGAACAAGCACCUAGAUAAUUGAGAAAAAAAGUUUUAC